GCUUUAUUUCUCGUUUCAUUUCACUCGACUCAACCGCCGCGAUAAGACCCAUCCGCGGAGCUUCGCGUUCACCGAAAUGGAUUAUUUCAGUGGUGUACUUGUUUUUAUCACCCUCUUUUUACUGAACCCAGUGAUAUCUGAGACAACCUGUGGGUUUAAGGCAUGCCCCAACACGAAAUUAAACAUGAUCAAUGUUCAUUUGGUCCCCCAUUCGCACGACGAUGUCGGUUGGCUGAAGACGGUUGAUCAGUAUUACUACGGAAGUCAGAAUAGCAUUCAGCACGCAGGAGUGCAGUAUAUUUUGGAUACAGUGGUCGAGGAGCUUCUGAAAGACUCGAAACGGCGUUUUAUUCAGGUGGAAACCUUCUUCUUUUCGAAAUGGUACUCCGAACAAACCGAAACUGUUCAACGAGUGGUGCAAAAAUUGGUAGCAGAUGGACGAUUGGAGUUCGCAGGAGGAGCUUGGAGUAUGAACGAUGAAGCCACAGCUCACUACCAAAGUGUAAUAGAUCAAUUUAAAUUGGGCCUGAAAUACUUAAAAGACAUCUUCGGUGACUGUGGACGUCCGACAGUCGGUUGGCAGAUCGAUCCUUUUGGCCACUCCCGGGAAAUGGCGUCUAUAUUUGCACAAAUGGGAUACAAUGGCCAAUUUUUCGCUCGCAUGGAUUACUUGGAUAAAUUGAAACGUCUGCUGUACCAAGAAAUGGAAAUGAUUUGGCAAUCGAGCGAAUACCUGAAGAAUUCUAACAUAUUUACUGGAAUGCUUUACAAUCACUAUUCCGCUCCUCCCGGCUUUUGCUUUGAUAUCAAUUGCCAGGAUGCUCCAAUUAUCGAUGGCGAGAGCUAUGACAAUAAUGUUGACCAAAGAGUGAGUGACUUUAUCGACUAUGUUAAGAAAAUGGCAGAGUUCUAUCGAUCCACUCACAUAAUGGUACCCAUGGGAGACGAUUUCCAGUAUGAAGACGCGGGAGUUAAUUUUAAAAACAUGGACAAACUGAUUAAGUACGUCAACGAUCGCCAAUUAGCGGGAUCACAGGUCAACGUUUUCUACUCAACGCCCUCCUGCUAUCUCUACGAACUGCAUCAGUUGCACCAAACUUGGCCGAACAAAACCGAAGAUUUUUUCCCGUACUCCAGUGACUCUCACUCUUAUUGGACAGGAUAUUUCACCUCCCGUCCAACCCAGAAGCGCUUUCAUCGGGAUGGAAAUCACUUCUUUCAGACAGUAAAGCAACUGAGUGUUUUGGCCAAUUUAACCGAUACUCAGCACCUGGAAAAUCUUGAAAGUCUUAGCCAGGCUAUGGGAAUCAUGCAGCACCAUGAUGCUGUGACAGGUACCGAAAAACAGGCUGUAGCCCGCGAUUACGACCGUAUGUUGUUUAAGGCGAUCGUUGGUGCCGAGAAUAAUGCUCGCGAUGCCCUUCGAUCCCUAACCAAUUUAACUUCUGGGGAGUUCGAAAGUUGCCUGGAACUGAAUAUAAGUGCAUGUGCUUUCACCCAGAAUACUGCCAACAAUGUGGUUGUGACCCUAGUAAAUCCACUGGCUCAUUCAUCAACGCAAUAUGUGCGAGUUCCGGUGAAGAAUGAAAACUACAUAGUUACCGAUGAAAAAGGUCGUGAAAUACCCUCGCAAGUUAUACCCAUUCCCUGGGAAGUUUUAGCUCUGGAACAUCGAUCGAAUGGCACGCAACACGAGUUGGUCUUUAAAGCCAGUGUUGAGAAGAUUGCCAACUUUUUAAUUCGCGUACUGCCAACCCCGAAAAAUAUUGAAGAACACCAUAGGGAUUUCCCUGAGGAAAAAGCCCAGGACGGGGCCGAUGAACUAAUAGUGGAGAAUUCGCUCGUCAAACUGACUUUUGAUACCACUACGGGUGGCUUGAAAACCAUUGAAAUGAACGGCAUAGCGGAAACUAUUCAACAAAGCUUUGGAGUAUACAAAGGAUUCCGAGGCAAUAAUGAUGAAGCCAAAAACCGCUCUUCCGGAGCAUACGUUUUCCGACCGGACGGAGAUAUUGAAGUACUGAACAAUAACAAAGUGGAGCUUACUUUCUAUAACGGCUCGAUAGUUAAAGAGGUCCAUCAACAUGUAAACGAAUGGAUAUCCCAGGUUAUCCGCAUAUACGAUGAGGUAAAUCAUGUGGAGUUCGAAUGGUUGGUAGGACCAAUUCCGGCGGAUGACGAAGUUGGAAAAGAGAUAAUCACUCGCUUCUCGAGCAAUAUAGCCUCGAAGGGCAAAUUCUAUACCGACUCAAAUGGCCGUGAAAUGCUAGAACGUAAGAGAAACCAGCGGGAAAACUUCGAUCCAAAUAUGUCGGAAGGUAUUAGCGGAAACUAUUACCCAGUAACCGGGCAAAUUUCCCUGCAAGACGACGUAAAGCGAAUCACCCUGCUAAACGAUCGAGCUCAGGGAGGAGCCAGCUUGAAAGACGGGGAAUUGGAGCUGAUGCUGCAUCGUCGCCUCUUAAGUGACGACGCAUUCGGAGUUGGUGAAGCCCUUAAUGAGACUCAGUAUGGAACUGGUUUGAUCGCAAGAGGAAAAAUAUAUUUAAUUCUCGAUGCUGCCUCGGAGAAACCAAAUCACGCAGAGCGACAGCUACAGCACGAGUUGGACCAACACUUUUGGAGGUUUUUCAGCAAAUCCAAUAGUGUGCCCUCUGUAAACAAGCACAUGAUUCCCGAUUUCACAGCCUUUCCUAAAUCUGUCGAACUGCUCUCUUUUGAACAAUAUUCCAAGGACCAAAUAUUGAUAAGAGUGGAGAACUUGAACACGGAAGGAAACGUGGUUAGCUUUAACAUUCACCCCCUUUUUGAGUCCCUGAACGGAGAUCGGAUUUGGGAAACCACUUUGGACGGAAAUAUGCAGCUGAGCGAUAUGAAGAGGUUCAAAUUCAGUCAAGAUGGCUCCGGUGGAAUUCCUUCCUCCGUUGAAUAUUACUACGCUCCUCAUAAUCCCAUGUCAUCUGACUCUACAAUGAGCGCCUACGAAUUCGUUGUUACUCUGAUCCCAAUGCAAAUUCGUACAUUCAUAAUCCAACAAAAAUAAAAAUGUAGCUAUUUGCAAGUUCAAAUGGCCUAAAAGCUAAAACAU